AUGAGCUACAUAGGAGCAAACCACUAUGUGUUCAUUCAGCUAGACGACAUUUCCACAUGGAUUACCACUGAGAAACCACCGAAGGAAUACUUUUUACCAUUACCUGUUCAGAAAGACAGUGGAUCUGGUAAUCUGCUGCUCUGCUCGCUUCUUCUGGGUAAUGUUAUCGUGAAUGCUGCGAUUUCAAUUCUAUUCGGUGAGCUGACCACAGGACUUCUGGCUCUCUUUAUCUCAUCACUUGGUAUUGUCAUCUUCGGCGAGAUCGUUCCACAAAGUAUAUGUGUCAAGAAAGGUCUUGCUGUUGGUGCUCAUACAAUAUUAAUAACACAAGUGUUCAUAUUCAUAACCUAUCCGGUAGCAUAUCCAGUCAGCAAGCUUCUCGACUGUCUUCUUGGCGAUGAAUAUGAUGUGUUCAUGAUACCCGACACCACCGUUUUGAAUACCAAGACAGUCGCCGAGAUCGUCCGAAUGGGAUAUACACGAAUCCCGAUCUAUUCUGAUGGUGAUAAGAAUAACGUCACUGAUAUCCUGUUUGUUAAGGACCUGGCUUUGCUGGAUCCGGACGAUAACUUCACGGUUAAAACGGUCUGUGGCUAUCACCGUCAUCCAGUAAAAUUUGUCUUCAACGACACUCCAUUAAGCAUACUUCUGGAGGCGUUCAAGAAGACCGGAUAUUUCAAGGGUGAAGGCCAUUUGGCGAUGGUGAAGAAGCUUGUCGGCACUGAAGAUCACGAUCCAUCGUAUGAACUGGUGGGCGUGGUCACUCUAGAGGACAUCGUUGAAGAGAUAUUACAGGCCGAAAUAAACGACGAGUUCGAUGUUGUCUCGGACAAUGUCAAUAAGAUCAAACGGAAAAACCUCCAGGUAAGCAGCGCUAUUUUGGAUAAGAAGUAG